AGAGUGGUGGGAAGUGGAGCGAAAGUGAUGAACAUGCAUGCUCGUGGCUCCCAUUCUCGCCGGGCAGCCUGAGCCUGAGCCUGGGCUUCAUCGUGCCGCCCUGGAAUGCCCUCUCUCCCUCUUCCUUCUUCCUCUCCGCCUCCUCGUCUUCGUCCUGGAUCGAGACCGACGACAGCGAGUGGCUGUGGCAUUUCACACACCCUCUCUUGGCCCCCCUCUUCUCGCCCGCUCGCCGCUGCCGUCCGGCAUUUGCGCCAAUCCGACCUCCGUUCCAAGGCGCAGCCAUUCCCUUGCAGCCAGUCCCUUCCGGCUUAUUUUUGUCUUUUUUGCUCCAGAAACAGCAACAACGCACGCCUAAACUCCAGCGCCUGUGGCAGUGUCAUCAGCGGCGUCUGGUUAUCGACCGCUCCCACAGUCCUUAUUUCUUUGCCAUUCCCCCCCCUCCCGUCUGCGACAGCUCUUUUCCGCGAUCUUUUUCGAUCCCUCCGAUCCUUGAUUUCCCAUCUAUUAUUUCCUGCAGUUCUUUUUUUGGUCGACAUCGACGAGGUGGUUGCGCUCGGAUUUCAGCUCUUCAAUCUCGACCCCGCGACGGCGCUGGUCCAGCCCCUGAGCAACCUCUUUAGCACCGCCGGCCCUGGAACUACCUAUUAUUGCACCUGGCUCCUUUCCAGCCGGUGCCGAGACACGAUCAAAGGAAAAAUACACGACGAAAAACUCAACUGAGACAGAAACCUGGCUUGAUUCCCGGUCCCGAAUCAUCAUCACCGUGACUCCAUCUUCGUCAUUCCAUUCUCGCCUCUUCAUCUUCCAGCUCUCACUCUCAUUCCCGGAACACCGCUAAGCGGGCACCGGGCAUCGGGCUUCGUGCACACACCACCCACCACCUUGGACGACACCACCAACACGACACUCUACGCUACCAUACGCUACCGACACUA